AUGGCUGUGCUCCUGCAGGAGAUUUUCAAGUCCAAGAUGUUUGAGUUUCUUGGAGGUAAGGAGUUACUGGUUAAGACUCUCACCUGCUGCCACAGUUAUUCCAUCAAAACUCCAGAAAAUUUGGAUGAAACCCAACAGAUCUCUCUUGAAGACUUUCCAAAACUGAUACUCAGUAGAGUGCGGACUUGGAAUGACACUCUUGACAACCUCCUGACCAUUCUUGGAAGUAUGCCAGGAAUGUAUGAUGACAUCCUUUCGAUAGCCAAAGACAUUAGGACAAAAAAUGCAGAGCUUUUUGAGGACACCAAGAGAAUACUCAGCAAGGUUUUUGGAACAACAGAAAAUGUGGAUUAUACCUUCUGGUCUGGUCUUGAAGACUUCCAGUCAUCUGAUGAAGACUUUUGCUUUUUUACUCUUUUUAAAUUAUCCUGUUGCUUGCAUGUUGAUAUGAAUACAAUUGACCUUUCUCUCAUGCUCUUGGGGUGUGUGGUGCUUGUUGAUAGUGACAUCUGCUCAUCCUCAAGAAUUGGAGAUUAUUCAUGA